AUGCCGGUUUAUUACCAACUACUCCCGAUUUGUGAAAAUGAUGAGCCUGUCCUCGGCGUUUUUGUGCCAUUUUACCAUGAUGACGACAAAGGCCAUUCUGGCGAAGCUGACUUGACACAUGAGGGGCGAAGCAAUCAUGAGCCUGUUCCCCCAAGUUCCGAAGGUGAUGAACGCCUUUUAUGGACGGGAACAGCCAUACUUGUCCUGAGCAAACCUGAGCCGCCAGCUAUAUUUGGAUGUUUUGUGAGGGAAUGA